AUGUCUUCAUUCAUCGAUCUUGGCAUCCCACCUUCCCAAUCCACUGUGACUGUUAAAGCUAUCGACGUUGGCGCACCAUCAUCAAUGUUACCUGCUGCAUUCGUCAUUGAGCCGGUGCUUCCAGGUUAUGAAACAAUUCAAUCGCCCAUCUACGCCUUCUAUAUUGAGCACGCCUCAGGGAAACGAUUAAUGUUCGAUCUGGGACUGCGGAAGGAUCCGAUGAGCCUUCCUCCCAUAGUCCAGCAGCUAGCAGCACUGUGGAAGAGCCAAGGAUUCAUACUGGAUUUUGCCGACAAAGACGUUUUUGACAGGCUCCAGGAGGGUGGGUUUGACCCGGCGACUAUUGAUACAGUUAUUUGGAGUCACGGUCAUUUCGAUCAUACUGGUGAGAUGUCCAAGUUUCCAGCUAGCACCGAGCUAGUCGUUGGACCUGGUUUGGAUAUGCGCACAUACCCGACCACGCCGGAGUCUCAUCUCUUUGAGUCGGAUUUUGCAGGCCGCAAAGUAACUGAGCUUGACCUUAAUGAUUUCAACCUCGCUAUCGGCGACUACGAGGCGCUCGACUACUUCUCUGAUGGUAGUCUCUACAUCCUGAAUUCUCCUGGCCACCAAGUUGGGCACAUCACCGCCCUUGCACGAGUCACUCCGACGUCAUUCGUCUUACUCGGUGGCGACUCCUGCCAUCAUGUCGGUCAGCUGCGACCUACAGCCGAUCUUCAUACGCACUUCCCCUGUCCUGGUCAUGUCCUCCAGUCCUUCAGAGGCCGUUCCAUUACAUCGUGUACCACCCCCCUCCUUGCUCUCCCAUCAGAACAGUCGGCGUAUGCAGAUCUGGAAACGGCUCGUAAUACAAUCAUCAAACUGGGGAAGCUGGAUGCGAGUCCGGAUAUUCUGGUUAUAAUUGCGCAUGACGCUACUAUUCCAGGGGUGAUCGAUGAAUUCCCGGAAAGUUUGAACAACUGGAAGGCGAAGGGGUGGAAAGAGAAGUUGACGUGGGCAUCCUUGGAGAGGGGCAGUCCAGCGUUUAGAUUCGCAUAA